CCCAAUAAGUGUGUAGGUUGCUAUGAAAAGAUGACCUGCAAAUGUGUGGAAGUGACAUAUUCGACAGUGGCCACAUUUCUCAAGGCUCCAAGUGCUUCCCAUUUUAAGACUUCAUUUGCUGGCAUGGACUUCACAGGGACACUGGAAUGACAGCCUCACACGUAUUUUUAUGAUCAUGCAGAAUUGCAGAACAUUCAUUUUCUAAUCCGGGCUCAAUUUGGAGUGUUGAUGUCUUUAAAGUGUUCACAUUUUUUUUUCUGAUUUUGUCCAAUAGGGUGAGGAAGCUACUGAUGCAAUGAAUCAGAUACAUGGAUAGAAUCGCAACUGGUGAUAUUUCAUACCAAGGGCUACAGCAGCACUGACAGGCCCUGCUCUCUGAGUUGGAGGUAUUAUAUUUCCCACAUCUCACUGGAGCAACCUUUGAACCAUUCUCACUUGGUAGGAAGGUGGAGUUGGAGGCAAGUGGAGUUGGAACGGCGAUGCAUUCCCUGGAUGAGCCCCUGGAUUUGAAGCUCAGCAUUUCCAAGUUGCGCAUGAUGAGAGGGAAGAAGAGGAAGGACCAUGUGACUACAGAGGAAAGUAGCAUCCGCAGGGAACUGAAGAUGACAGCCGAUGGGACCGCCAUCAUCAUGUCAGCAUCACCGUCACAGUCCAGCUUGAUUAGCAGUUUCCAGGCCCAGGAGAGAGCGGACUUCUCCAGUAUACAGAGGAAAGCUUCUAUUGUGGACCUCAGUCUCCCUUCACCAUCGGAGCUUGACUCCUCUCCUGGAUCGGUGGUGCUUCCAGAGGAGCUACAGAAUGGCGAUGUUAUGACAUCAGGAUUCAGCCACGAUCUGCAGUCUAUCCGGGUCCUAGGAGGAAGCCAAAACUCUCAAUCAUUCCAGUUUUUCUUUCCGCUGAGCUCUGGGAGUUCAGUUCAGCUCCCUUCUUCUUUGUUAAUGACUCCUCGCAAGGAACUGAAGAACAUGACUGAGCUCACGAUGGAGCAACUGGCAUGCAGGUGGCAAAAGUGUAACCAGCUGUUUGAAUCACUUCAGGAUCUGGUUGAUCAUGUGAAUGAUUUUCAUGUCAAGCCCGAGAAGGACACUGGUUACUGCUGUCAUUGGGAAGGCUGUGCCCGGCGAGGGAAAGGAUUCAACGCCAGGUACAAAAUGCUGAUCCACAUCCGUACACACACCAACGAGAAGCCUCAUCACUGUCCCACUUGCAGCAAGAGCUUCUCCCGGCUUGAGAACUUGAAAAUUCACAAUCGCUCCCACACAGGAGAGAAGCCCUAUAUCUGCCCCUAUGAAGGAUGCAACAAACGUUACUCCAAUUCUAGUGACCGCUUCAAGCACACCCGAACACAUUAUGUAGACAAGCCGUACUACUGCAAAAUGCCAGGGUGCCACAAGAGAUACACUGACCCCAGUUCCCUUCGCAAGCACAUCAAAGCACAUGGACACUUUGUCUCCCCAGAGCAGCAGCAAAUGCUGAAACUACGUGAGUCUGUCAAGCACCCAAUUGCAGCAGAAGUGCCUUACUUAAAUGGGACCCAGAUCAUCAUCCCCAGUACGGCAGCCAUCUUUGGCAAUCAUCCUCUCCAAGCACUAGGAACCUCGUUGCCGAUCCCAAUAAACCCUGCACCUCUGGACCUUAGCGCCUUGACAUGUAGCACUGCUGGAUCUACUGGGAUUACAGCCAUUCCCAGUUCACUUUUUUCAUUCAAUGGUACUCCAAUAAACUUGGCUAAAACGUCUCUUUUGCCAUCACCUUUCUCGGCAGGUAGCCUUGGACUUCCACUUGUGUCCCUGGUUGCAGGGUCUCACAGUCUUGUCGAGAAGUUCUCAGCAGCAAAAGGGAAAGGGUCAUCAACAGGAGGAGCUAAAGCACGUGGAGGGAAGAUCAAAGGUCAGUUCCCUUCAGGGAAGGAAAUUCAUGAGAGACUCGAAGCUCGACUGAGGUCAACAACAGAAGGUCUGUCAGUGUUGCCUGGAACCGUGAUAGACUUGUCCAAUGGCAUGAACUCAUUGCCACGUCCUGACUCUCUGCCACCAGGUUGGGUAGUUAUUCCAACAGGGUCGGUGUUACUCAAGCCAGCUGUCGUGAACUGAAGUGAGUCAAGUCCAAGCUGCUGCAGUGUUCAGUGAUAGCAGUAAGUGGGUGACCUGGGAGACCUGCCUAUACUGAAGAUAAACAAAAGGUCUUUACUAAUCCUUUCCAGGGUGGAAGUCAUUGGCCAGUUUCACUUUUAGCAUUAAAAGAACAACCCGAUAAUCACCUAUUAUUGGCAGGAUCCCAAGUUUUAGUAUGAAUUUCAAAAUAACUUGGGAGAGGGUUCUCUUCCUGUUUCACCUGACGAAAGGCAUCGUAAAGCCUGAAGAUCUCAAAGUGCAGAGAAAUCAAAAGACUCUCAAUGGAAAAAGGGGUGGGGGGGGGGUGAAAUUGAAACUUGAAUUCCCCAGUCAUACAAUGUCACUCAUUUUUAGAUUGAUUCUCAAUGAACCCAGUGCCAGUCCAAUUGUCUGAAGGCAAUCAACUGCAGAAUUCAGCACCAUUAAUUCCCACGUUCGAUCGCCAAUCUGUGCUGCAUUUGCUGAUCUCAGCUGGAGCAGCAUUCGGAAGCCAAGGGAGAGGAAAAAUAAAUUAGUCAGUGUUCCUACUCCUGAUCUGUUAUUCAGUAAUAGUCCAUCUCCCCUUUGCUGGAAAGUGCACAAGAGCAACAACAGGAGUGAGUUCACUAAUGAUAUUUUUCUCUUUCUCUCUCUUCCCUCUCUUUCCCACCCCCGGGCAGGCUUACACUGUCUGGGCAGAUACAAGAUAAAUAGUUAUUUGGAUGUUUCUGAAACUGUACCCCAUCCAAGAGACAGUAUGUUCACGAAAGAGUGAGAGGAGAAAAUCUAAGGAACUUUAUAAAUGUAAUUGACAUGAUGGACAAAAGUGGAAUCAUAUUGUUGACUUAAAUUGUGCCACUCCUAUUAUUGUUCAGAGGCUGUCACGUAAAGAGCAUUUUAUAUUGCAAACACAAUCAGAGUUGUGUACUUACACUUUGCCCUACUGGUAAAUCUAACCUGCCGCAUUUGAUAAAAUGCGACAUUUUAACGUCUUAAUUGAUAGAUUUUCAUAGAAUUCAGUGGUCUCCUCAAAAGUAUACAUGACUGACCUGCUCAAUGGUCGAAUGUGCGCAAUCUUUAUCUUUGUACAUAAAUUUUAUAUAUAGAUACACACCUGGAUAAGUGUGUACAUUUAUUUAUAAUUAUCACCUAUUUGUUCCAAGCAUUUACUCACAGGGUUUCUGCACUGUUUGCAGUUAGGUCCCCUGGUUGCUUGGGCAACCUGUUUAUCUCUGUCACUUGGUAUGGCCCACUGGUACAUUCGCCCCCUUCUCCAGGUAAUGAUAAGCACAGUGUGUAUUUCCUCUUUCCCCCACUCAUAUAC